GUUAUGAUUCCCCCUCCCCGUUGACCACAACAGGAACAGACCGAAAAGCCGUCGGGGUGGAGCAGCUCCACCGAUACAACCACAACAAAACAAACAAAAAUAAUGGAGCUCGGCGUGAGUCAACGAUAGAAAUCAUGAACUGUUACUCAUUGGUCAACACUGUAAUCGUCCGUUUGCUUCACUAACUGACACACAGUUACCUUAGCAACCGGCCGAGGCAGACCUCGGCUUUAUGGCGGGUCUGUCUUGUUUGGUGCUCCGCUUCUCGAGCUCCGCCGGUCGGACCUACGGAGUGUUUUCCAAAGGCUUGACGAGGACUUUGUUGAUAUUUUUUGAUCUCGCAUGGCGACUGCGAAUCAGAUUCCCAUACAUCUACCUGGUGGCUUCGAUGAUGUUUAAUGUCAGGUUACAGGUCCACAUUGAAAUCCACUGAAUCCGCAAAACUGGUAGUUGGAAUUAAUGUCCCCCCCCCCGCCGCCCUCUAAAAGAAAACCGUCUGAUGCUGCACGACGAUGCCGAGGGAGGAGUUCGCUCAAUUCUGCGUGACAGCUGGUUGUUGCGGUCGCCCCCCCGCCCCGUGCCUCCUCAGUGGGAGGACGACAGCGGAGACUGCAAAAAAUGAGUUACCGGGAGCGGUGAUGUAUGAGGGCGGAUGAGGGGAUGGAUGCUUCGCGUUAACCCUCUUUUCGUCGCCACCCGGGGAUCCAGGAGCCGCCCGCAUCGCUCCGAAAGGGAUCGUGUCGGAUGGAUCGUGGAGUUACACUUCUGCCUCUUGUGUCUGGAUAGCGGGGAUUUUGCGCGUCGACUCGAAGACGGAUAAAUGUUACCGUGGUACUUUGUAGACACCCUUCAUUGUUUCACGUUUAUCAGGUGCUCCGUGGCAACAUCUCACUUUGAUUUUUUUAAAAGUAAAUAUCUACGCCGUGUGGCACAAACAAGCAUGUUUUUUUUUGUCGUCUGUGGCACGGACACUUUAACUUGGGGGGCGAGCGGUACAUCACUUACAGUCUGUUAUUACGGCCAGUCGGAUUGGAAAUCAGUGCAUUUGUGUGUGUCACACGAAAUGUAUCCAUCUGUUUUCAUCUCUUGAAAAGUGUGUGCGGCGAGAGGGGGUGGGUCACAGAGCUGAGCGUAUGGAUAACUGAAUUUGGGUAAAAAUAAAUAAAGAAAAUGCUCAGCCUUUCCUGUCUUUCCAAUAACUUUCCAUUUGUUUUCUAAGUUUGCUAAAGUGCCCUUAUAAUGUCUUGUUACGGGUAUUUUGAAAUACCUUUUUAGUUUUUUUCUUACCCUGUAUACAUCCAGCCCCUCUUCUGUUACAUGUCGUUCAUGUCUGACUUAUGUCGGUAGUUGGAAUUCAAAUAGAACAAAGCGUCAUCCAUGUCAGCACUACACACCAAGAUAAGCAAAGACAAUAACAUAAUAACAAUGAAUCAUUUGAGUUAAUGUACGAGAAGGUAUUCAAAUAGUUCCCGUACAUACGGACACAUUUUGGUCAAUGGUGAGACAUGUACUGUAUGUUGAGGUGUCCUUUUGCAGGAGCGGUUGCAGUACCAGAUCUGUUCACACGGGGGAAGCAUCCUGUCACUGCUGGAUCCCCUUCUCUUUACGUCGUGACGAAGAUACAGGGGAGCAUAAUGAAGCUGUAAUUAUACUUGUAUGAUUAAAAAAUAUAUCUGC